AUGACUGGUCUACUAGCUCCAGAGUCUGACGUCAAUCCGACUCCAUACGCUUCACCUUUGCAUCCCGCGAACAUCUUCAAUGUCGAAGGCCUUGUUGCCGUCAUCACUGGGGGUGGGACAGGCAUCGGUCUCAUGAUGGCGACUGCGCUUGAAAACAAUGGCGCUACUGUGUACAUUGUCGGUCGGCGGCUUGAAAUUCUUCGAAAGGCUGCUCGUGAGAAUAGUAGAUUCGGCAAAAUCAUUCCGCUGGAGGGGGAUAUAACGGACCGCGCUAGUCUGCUCACCAUCGCAGAGACAAUUAAAGCAGAGCAAGGGUAUAUUGACUUACUCGUCAAUAAUGCUGGUAUCGCGAGAAACCUCUUUCCACACCCUGUUUUAUGGGACUGUGGAUCACCCGAAGAUUUUGCAGAGACAUUUGCCAUAAAUACGACGGCGGUUUACUACACGACUGUCGCUUUCCUUGAUCUUUUGCAUCAGGGAAAUCUUAGGCGACAACGACUUGCUUGCCAAACCACUGUGCCCAACCUCGCGCGCCCACCUUAUCACACGUCUCAAGUUUUGUCUGUGUCAUCCUCAGGAUCUUUUCGAAUAGACUCCAAAGUCCUUUCGCCGUCUUACACGCUUUCAAAAAGCGCGUGCACGCAUCUGGGGAAACUCCUGGCCAACCUCCUCGCGCCUUGGGGCAUCCGAAGCAAUGUUUUGGCUCCAGGCGUCUGGCCGAGCGAAAUGACAACAUCCCCAACUCCGACAUUUAAACUUGACCCUUUUGCCCUUGCAGAAGCUGUGCCGUUAAAGCGCACUGGAUCUCAGGAGGAUAUGGCAGGCACGAUUUUGUUCCUCGCCAGUCGGGCUGGUGCGUACGUGAAUGGCGCUGUGUGGCUUGUUGAUGGUGGCCGCGUUGGUUGUGUGGCGAGCAACUAUUAGCUCAACCUCUGGCU